AUGUUCGUCGCCCAGCAAUGGCUCGAGUCGCGGGCAGCCCCGAGCACGAGCUUCGCUUCGCUCUCAUGGAAGCUGCCUAUGCGGGACAAAGCGCUCACGCGCGUCUUCAUGGCGAUGCAGCUCUUCGGCUGGGCGGGGUACACGGUCAUCAUCUGGACCGUCUUCCUCUCGCGGAAGAUCCACAGGCACCCCGCGUGGAUCAUGUUCUGCUUGGCGUGGCUGAUAAGCUGCGUAUCGUAUGUACUACUCUUCCUGGCGGGGGAGAUGGACAGCGACCAUCCGAACGGCACGCUGUGCCUUGUGCAGGCGUGUCUGAUAUACGCCGUGCCGGUCCUAACAGCAAGCGCGACCCUGGCGCUCAUCAUACAUCUCUGGUUCAACGUUCGGACCGUCGUAUUCCAUAUUGAGACUCAACACGCACGCACUCGGGACUUCCUGCUAUGCCUGUUCCCCUACAUCCCCGCUCUAAGCUUCUUUUUCGGGGUCCUAUGGUACGGAUUGGAAAAUCCGAAAGAUGUGAAGCCAGGAGAUAGCUGUAUGUAUUGUGUCGUCGGUGCAUCAUUUCCAGGGAAAGCAUCGGCUAUAUACGUUGCACUCAUCCUGGCUGCCGGGGUGGGCAUCGAAGCGGUCAUUGCCACGACGUUGUACAACAACUGGCGAUCCUACACGCGCAAUAGCAAAGACUCGUUCGCCCUGAUCAUCCGCGUCGUCCUUUUUACUGCUUUUGGGUUCAUGUCGAUUGUAAUCAGCCUCGUCUACUUAUCGCAUUCGAAGCACGGGGCGGUCCCGGAUGUCUUCAUGGGUCUUCGUACGUCGUCUUUCUCCUCCCGCCGCCGCGUAGCACCUUACCGUGACGCUCAUUGUUAUCUCCCGAUCCGACUACGAUGGUCCCGUAUGCUACAUGGUGGCGCAGUGCCCGUCUUCUCGUUCUUCAUCUUCGGCACCCAACUCGACCUCAUCUACGCAUGGUUCCCCUGCCUCCGCCCGUCGGCGUCUGGGGCCCCAUUUCAACACCACAAAGCUACUGCGUCGCUAGUAGCGAAACCCCUCCUCCACGGAGACCGUCCUACGACGGUAUCGACGUUUGGCACGCCGCCGUCCAUGGCGACUCAGAACGGAUGGCGGCGCGCGGAUGGCCCCGGGCCAUCGCCAGCAAAAGAGGCAUCGGGGCUGCGUAUCCUCGUCGCACAGCGUAUACCAAUACCGAUACAGCCCCAGAGUCCGAGCCGUGUCUCUCCAGUCAUGAUUAUUCCGCGGAAGUGGAGCGGGGCUGUGGGCCUGGAGAGGGAGAGAGUGCGGCCAGCGGAUACAUGCCAUGGACACUACGCACAUCUGCCAUCAGAGGAAGGUGCGGAGACAUUUGCCGCGAAGGUUGCGAGAGGAAGAACUAUUUAG